GACCCACCCUGUGUCUUUAUUCGCGCCCGCCGCCCUCCUGAGAAAGAGAAAAUAAAAAAUCCCCCCAAACCCUAAGUCCUCUCCACUCAGAAUCCCCCUCACCCGCUCUAGGGUUUAAUGCCCGCGUGCUCCUCACGCAUUCCGCCCGCCUGCUGCGCUCGCUGAUCUGGCCUGUUCGUCCUCGCUAGGCUCUAGGGCCCAGGCUCUAGAGGCGGGUGGCGUGGCGGCACGACGAGAGGGGGGCAGCGGAUGCAGACGGAGGCGAGGGUGGGGAUGGCCGCCGCCACGAUGGACGGCGGCGGCGCGGCCGCGGCUGCCGCGCGGAGGUACACGACGCAGCAGCAACAGCAGGUCCAGCCGCAGCUACAGCACCACCAGCCGCAGCUCGGGACGGUGCCCCACCUCCUCGCCGGCGGCGUCGCCGGCGCCUUUAGCAAGACCUGCACCGCGCCGCUCGCCCGCCUCACCAUCCUCUUCCAGGUACAAGGAAUGCACUCAGAUGUGGCUACAAUGCGCAAAACUAGCAUAUGGCGAGAAGCGUCCCGCAUUGUCUAUGAAGAGGGCUUUCGGGCUUUCUGGAAAGGGAAUCUUGUUACUAUUGCACACCGGUUGCCUUACUCUUCAAUUAGUUUCUAUGCGUAUGAGAAAUACAAGAAUUUGCUUCACAUGCUGCCUGGCCUUGAGAAGAAUGGUGGAUUUGGUGCAGAUGUUGGUGUUAGAUUGCUAGGUGGUGGUUUAUCAGGAAUUACUGCAGCUUCUAUGACAUAUCCACUGGACUUGGUGCGGACACGUCUAGCUGCUCAGACAAAUACUGCUUACUACAGGGGCAUAUAUCAUGCUCUUUAUGUGACCUGCAGAGAUGAGGGUGUCAGGGGAUUGUACAAGGGUCUUGGUGCCACUUUACUGGGAGUGGGCCCCAGCAUUGCAGUAAGCUUCGCUGUAUAUGAAACUUUACGUUCCCAUUGGCAAAUAGAGAGGCCAUAUGAUUCCCCUGUCCUGAUCAGUUUGGCUUGUGGAAGUCUUUCGGGAAUCGCAUCAUCAACCUUUACAUUCCCGUUGGAUCUUGUGAGACGCCGCAUGCAAUUGGAAGGAGCGGCUGGGAGGGCUCGUGUCUACCAGACAGGACUUUACGGAACGUUUGGACAUAUAGUCCGCACGGAAGGUUUUAGAGGCAUGUACAGAGGAAUCUUGCCCGAGUACUGCAAAGUGGUUCCUGGUGUUGGCAUCGUAUUUAUGACAUACGAGAUGCUCAAGGCCAUCCUCACAGGACUGGAAUCAGAUGAUUAGAUCUCUGCUGUUCUAUCACGCGCGACAAUUUUGAUAUAUGGGGCAGAAUAACAUUUGAGUCUGAUUAGAAUGAGAGAAAUAUGAGUAUGUAGCGUACAUUAGGAUUUAGAACGUGCUAAAUUUUGCAGUUUGUGUUACAUGGUUACAUAUUUCCUUGUAGCGCGCCGUGAAAGAUGCCAUAGGUCUUUCACAAAAAUUUGGUUUCACCUCUUCCAUCGUUCUGUGUAUCUUCACGUCUUUAACAUUGUAAUGAUACAUGAGGCUAUUGUCUUCAGCCUGACGGUCUUCAUACCUCCAAGAGACGGUCUCCAAGUUUAUAUCUAUGUUAUAGCAAGGUGGUUAGUGGUGGCAAGAGUACUGUGAAUAGCCUUGAGAUUCAUUUAUCCUGAUAUGAAUCAUGGAGAUCUGUUUCUUGUAUGUAUCUCAAUUUAUACGUCUGGCUAAUAACGCGAUGUUAGAAAGAUCGA